AUGUUGAACUUAGUCGCUGUCGCACUUUUCGCUCUCCUUGGUUCAGUUGAGGCUCAGUUUGCCUCGUCGCCGUCGCGUUACUAUUUGCCACCGGUGGCAAGCGAAGAAAGCAUCGCGCCACCUCCUCCACUUAUCACCAAGCAAUUCUUCAGCGUGUCAGCAGCGGAGGAUGCACAGGACGCACAGCCGCGCAGCAAACAUUUGCUGAUUGGCCGCGCCACGCGAAACUAUCGAGUGAUCUUCAUUCGUGCACCGAGUGCCCAAAGCGAUGCGAUCAAAUACACCGCCGAAUUGGCGCCACAGGAGGAACGCACCGUUAUCUAUGUGCUGAGUCGCAAGCCGCAGGAGUUGCAGGCAGAGGACAUACAGCCAGCGAAGCAGCAAUCACAGCAAUCGGCAAAGCCUGAGAUCUUCUUCAUACGCUACAAAACGAACGAAGAGGCGGCGGCUGCACAGCGUGAGAUUCAGACGCAAUACGACGAGCUUGGUGGCAACACCGAGCAUGCGGCACCCUUUGUGGCACCCGUGCAAUCGGUGGUGGGCGCCCUCGAUGCAACACCAUCGGGGCAGCCAUUGAUGCCGCCUCCGCCUCCGUUGCCAGCGAAUGAGGGUUACGAUUAUCAACGACCGUUGGCACGCCCUUUUUAA